GAAGAGAUGGGGAUGGGUUGGCAGGUUACUCUGAGUCAUUUUGCAGCUGAAUAAAGGUUGAGACUCUAAUUGUAGAGCAGCUCACAGGGCAGAUUAGGAAGAGAUUUGUCUCUGCAGGAAAAAAAUGCAUAUGAAAAUGAACAAGAAGGAAGCAGUGCAUUAAAACAGCUUUGACGUGCUAACACACUGAACAAUUUAAUCCUCUGUCGGUUUGUGUGCGUGCAUGUGUGUUAAUAUCUCUGCAUUUAUAUGCCAAUGUGAAUAUCCAACAGUUAUCCACAUCCAUGCAGUAUGUCCGUCUGAGAAAACGCUUUCUGAAUCUCCAGCCCUCUCUCUUCCUCCCUCACCCUCCGUCUGUUGCUCCCUCCCCCUCCAUCCUUCUCUGUAUGAGCGUAGUCUGGGCACUAAGCCAAGUAGAGUGUGUUUUUUUGAAUGAAUACCUGAUCCGGCUGAUGAGGCAGGCUGGGGGAGGAGCUGUGUCAGUGGAGUACUGAGAGAGAGAGAAAGAAAGAGGAGGGAGGGAGGGAAAGGGAGAGAGGCAGAAACACGGAGAGAGAGAGAAGCAGCCAGGCAGAGAGGGAGCUGGCGGUCUGAUGGCCUUGCAUAACAUGCGUUGGAGCAGCCUUGAACGCUGGACUUGGUGUUAGCUUCAGCGGUGGGGAACUUCCUUUACCGUCAGCAGCCCGUUGCCGGGGCAGGGUAGCCUCCAAACCGGAGAGUCCAGAGGGGAAGGCAGAUCUGGAGCAGCUACAGCACCAGGCUCCAGGAGAGGAGAGCGGCACAAAGGAGAGACUCAGGAAGAAGAGUCCUAGGAAACACGUCUCCAACACACAUAUGCACACAGACACACAUACACAGAGAGGCAGGAAUAAUCCUUGGACAUGCUCUGCAAGCAGUGGCUGUGGAGAGACUGAUUCCUGCCGACAUUGUGGAUGAGGUGGAUCGUUCAGAGAUGAUUCCUCAUGAAGUUUAUGGAGCUCAUUUUGUGAGCUGGAGCGACACCAUCUUCUCUGGCCUGAGACCUGGAGCUGUCUACCAGUGAACACAAAGAGAGUACCAGAACCACGCAGCACAGAGAGGCCGACCGCUGCACAUAACCGUUGAGUGGAGGAGAGAGAGAAAGACAGAUCCAUAAGAAUUUAGAAUUACCCACCUGGGAAUUUUUUUAACCACGCUGGCACAAUGAAAUCCAACCAGGAGCGGAGUAAUGGAUGCCUGCCACCUAAGAAGCGUGAGAUCCUGGCUCUGGAGCAGAGGCCAGUGGUAGUAGCCACACCUCCAGCUGCAGUGAUUACUGACAGUCCCCACACAGAGAACCUAGCAUGGCUGGCAAGUGUAGCAAGUGAACGCUGCAAAUCCAGGGACGCAGAGAGCCCGAGAUGUCCCAUCUACUCCACUUCCUCCUGUUCUCCUUCCACUUCUAUCCCUUCCUCGGCCACUCCUCUGUCUGCGGUACCCCUGACCUCUCUGCCUACAGUUUACCCCACCGCCCUCCCCCAGCAGGCCGGGACUAUCCAGUUUGCUCAGCUGGGACCCAACGUUCAGUUCAUCAGCUCUGGGCCCUAUGCCGGCUACAUCUCCUCUCACAUAAUCUCCGCCAAUGCUGGCUCUGCACCUAACAACUCUGCCAUAGGACAGCGUUCCCAGCUGGAUGGCUACACCACUGCCCUCAUCUCCCCCAACACCAAAGGGGAGCAGCAGUUUCAAAUAGGCCUCUCUCCCACAGAACUGACUCCGGUGUCGCUUUCAAGCUCCCCCCAAGUCACCAGCCAGUACUUUCAUCUGGACAGCAGAACACCUCUGACUGUCAGCGGAAACUCUGUCACUUCACCAACAGCCCACCUCCAGCUCCACCCUAACACAACUGUCCUCCCUCAAACUCUCACCCUCGCUCCCUCCCAGCUGGUAGUUCAGUAUGCAGAUGGUUCAGCUGGAAAGAAACCGGAGGGGCAUGCUAAGGGUGUGCUGAAUGGGGAAUUGGAGUUGGUCAAACAGACUAAAACGCCCAUUCAUCAAGUGAACCAUCAGCAGGUCCAGAGCUAUGAGGCCAGACAUAUCCUCCUGCCUGCAGACUACGGCCAAAACCCUGCUGGACUCCAGACCUCCUUGGUGCUGUUGGCCCAGCCCAACCAUGGCGCUGAACGCGAAACUGGCACAAAUAAGAUCUCCUUUAUCCAGACUGAGAAAGGAGGCAUCUGUUUGGGAAAACCAGUGUCCAGAUCUUCAUCCUUCACCUCCCUCUCUUCCUCAGAUGUGGUUAAGUCUGUUGCUCCUCAUACAGUCAUCCAGACCACUCUACCCCACGAGGAGCUGCCAGCCAGUCUCUAUUCCUCCACACAGCCACCUAUCAUUGGCUAUAUCACCAGUGCAAAUCAGCAUGCUGUCAGCUACCAUGCAGCACUGCCUCAGCACCUGGUCAUCCCGAGUGGCCAGUCCCUCUUCAUCCCAGUCAGUGGCACCAAUAACGGCACAGAAAUUGAGGUUAGUUGUACUGUCAGCGCCCUGACUGCUACAACUACCCCUCAAAUAUCCACCGCUAUGCCGCAUGCCUAUCUGGCCACAGCCCUGUCCAAGUGUGAGGCGCUUGGACCAGAUGGAAAUCAACCACCCCCUGCCAUCGCACAGGCACCAGUGAUGCCAGUCCUGCCCCCAAACCCACCUCCUGCAGUGGCGGCAGCUCCCUCCCCAACUCCUGCUCCUGUCCCCAGUCCCGCCCCUGUUUCCAUUCAAGCCUCCCACUCCGUCUCCUCUUCCUCUUCCCCUGUGGCACUUCCUCCAUUCUUCAUGCGAGGCUCCAUCAUCCAGCUGGCCGACGGGGAGCUGAAGCGCGUAGAAGACCUCAAGACGGAGGACUUCAUCCAGAGUGCAGAGAUUAGCAGUGAGCUAAAGAUCGACUCCAGCACUGUUGAGCGUAUUGACAGUGGACAGAGUCCUAAUGCUGUGGUCAUACAGUUUUCUGUGGGAGAGCUCAAAGCCCAGGUGUGUGUGGAGGUGCUGGUGGAGUACCCCUUCUUUGUAUUUGGCCAGGGCUGGUCGUCCUGCUGCCCAGACAGGACCACCCAGCUGUUUGAGCUGUCGUGCGCUAAGCUGUGUGUGGGUGAUGUAUGCGUGUCGCUGACCCUCCGCGGCUUGAGGACCACUUCAGUAACAGACAGCCAGGCUUUAGGGACCAAGCUGAAGACUGGUCACCUCUCUGACUCCUGUCACAAUGUGGAUGCCACUAUAAGAAACAGUAUGAGUCAAAACGCUGCAGGCAAAAACAGUGGGCUCCUCAUGAAGGCUUCCAGUGCAGACAGGCUGGAGAGGGAGCAGGUUACUGGGCCACGACCAGGACUAGAGCUACCACCAGGAUUGGGACUAGUUCCAGGACCAGGGGAGGGGAUCUACGGAGCUGGACCAAUGCUGGCAGUUUCUGCGACUGGAGAAUUGAGACAGGAAUCAGUGAAAACAGACAUGCCUGCUCUUACCAAAAUGCAAUGUGGUGAUUCAGAGAGACCCUCAGUACGCAAGAGACGCUGGUCAGCUCCAGAGCGAGACCAGACUGAGAGAGCUGAGGAGGAGCCUCCUCUGACUCUGCCCAAACCCUCCUUCAUCCCUCAGGAGGUUAAAAUCAGCAUAGAGGGCCACUCUAGUACUGGGAGUGAAAGGUGCUUCAACAAAAGAAUAGACUGUUGAGAGAACUUAAGGAAUUUUGAUCACCUGUGGUUUGCUUUGUGUUUAUCUUUCCUCUCUAUCCAGACUACUGUAAUAUAGAGUUUAUACAGUAUUUACAUGUUUUCUUUUCUUUCACACAAGUCUGAUAUCUACAAUGAAGUACAGUAGAGCAACUUCAUAAGUGGUAUCACACACGAGAUCAGUGCAAUCAAUGCUGAAAGCAAAAAUGAAUGCAGCGUGAAUGUUGAGUGUGAAUGGCAGUCAGACACCUGAGAGACAUUUCACCUGCGUGUCACAUAUCAUAAGCUGGAUCUCCCGUGUAACGUGGCUUGAACCUGUCGACCAUUCCUCUUAUGACAUGAACAAGCACAGACCCCAAUGUCAGCGUGUACAAAGUGGGUAUCCAUUUGUGACUCUCAUCCCGUUGGUUUCACUGUGUAUUUGGUUUGUAGUGUGAGUUUAUGAGUGGUUGGAGUCAAAGAGAGACCUUUGGAGUUUCAAUGACAAUGCUCAAUCAUCAUGGCUGUGAUCUCUGCUGCCUUGUGUAUCUGAUGAGGUUUUGAGUUUUAUUAUAUUACUAAUUAUUUUUAUUUUUAUACCAUUGCUGAUGUUUGCGCUACCGCAGGUGGCCUUGUGCCACUUGUCUCUAUGUGUAUGUGCGCGUGUGUGUUAGUAUGUGUGUGUUUUUCUGUGUAUUUUUCUGUGUAAGUGUCAGACGCAGCACAGAAUUAAGGUGUGUUUGUGUGGCUGUAGCUGUGAGCUCAGUCAUCAAUACAAGCUGCAAAUAUCAAUCUUAAAAAGGCCUGAAUGUAAAUCACUGAAUUAGUCCUCAAUCAAUGUAGAAUUGGAUACCUUUGCUCUUGCAAUGUAUGGGUGACAGCAGUUGCACAUGGGUGCAUUUCUCUGAUCAAGUUCCUCAGGGUCAAAUUUACCGUAGUUUAUAAAUCUCAUAAUUCCUUUAAAAGACGGCAUGUGUCAGAAAUUAAUGCCUGUAUUUAGCCCUGCUAUGUGCAGCAUUACAAAUCUGUACAAAAUAAACCAUACUGUAGUUGGCUAACUUGGCUAACUUAAUUGAUUGUUUCGGCCACUUGGGGAUAGUGCAGCAAAGAAAACUAGAUUUGAUAUGGAAAACUUUUGCAAAACAAUUGCAUAUACAUCCAGCAAUACAGAUCAUUAUUUAUUUGGAGUAAUGUUUCAGGCGGUCUGUUGAAUGUAAGUCCAGUUCACCCUACUUUUUGCUGUGUUUUGCUCUCGACCAGCUACUGGGAGAAAUCUCUGGCACUUCAGUUGCUAAAUUCUCCAUCACAAUCACCAGCUAGAUGCUUACUUUGUCUGUCUGUCGUUUGGUGCUGUGCAGGUAGUUUAGAAUGGGUUUAUCAGAGCUUUUUCACUGAAAACUACCUGCUGCACCUAAAAUAUCGACCCUGAUGGGAGCAGUGAGAUAAUGCUGCAGUCCAUAAAACCAAAACAAUUAGCGGAAGGAGGCUAAAUAGCGUUUUAGAGCUAAAAGGAACAGCAGAGUGGUAAUCUCUCCCUUUCACAUUACACAACUAUCUGAGGCAUUGUUAAA